GCCAAAGUAAUCACUGCAUGCGAGUUGGCGGCCGGGCCAACCAAGGUUAGUUAUUAACUUAGCCUUUCCAGUCACUUCUGGGGAACCAAGAGCCGGGCAGUCACCGUGUCGAGGCAUGCUGCCGCCCGGUCCGCACAUCUUACCAUGGCUGACCGCGACCACAGCCCACCGGAGAGCGCUUUAGCCGGGGCCGACCACCUCACGGUAGUGUUCCACAAAGUUGCCAGUCAUGGCGAAUGUGGCGGCAGCGACGACGGCAGCUGGUGCGGCGACACCGAGCCGCCAGAGGCGAGGACCCACUUGCGGGCAUGGUGUGAGCACGACGGGGAUCAUGAGGAGGAGACGGUCGCUUCGAAGUUGCCGGAGGGCGGCGAGAGGGAAACGCUGUGCCCGCCGGCGGCGUCGUGUGUCACCAGGGGGGCAGCAUCCACCGGCGAGAUCGCGAGCCAAGGGAAACCAAAAAGAUGUCCAGGUAUUGGUUUGUUCUACGCCUUCCUGUCCACAGUCUUCUUUUCCAUCAUCUCCCUCUUAGUGAAGACCAUCCAGGGAGUGCACGCUAUCGAGAUCAGCGGCAUCCGCUGCUUCUUCCAGAUGCUCUUCAUUGUGCCCUUACUCAUUUACCACAAGACAGGGUUCCUGGGUCCUCGGGAUAAACGUCUGUAUCUGAUGCUGCGGGGCUUCCUUGGCUCCAACGCCAUGAUCUUGCUUUUCUACGCCGUACAGCAGAUGCCGCUGGCCGAUGCCACCGUCAUCAUGUUCAGUAAUCCAGUGUUUACCUCGCUACUGGCCUGGGUGUUCCUGAAGGAGAGGUGUACAAUCUGGGACUGCAUCUUUACUGUCUUCACCUUAACCGGGGUCAUCCUCAUCGCCCGGCCGCCAUUUCUCUUCGGGGAACAUAUCCAGGGCAUCGAGGGCAACUACACAAACCACAUCAAAGGGACCAUCGCUGCCUUUGCAGGAGCGAUCGGGGCCGCGUGUACCAUGGUUGUCCUGCGCAAGAUCGGAAAGAGCGUCCACUACUACCUCUCCGUGUGGUAUUACGCCGUCAUCGGUUUCAUCGAGUGCGUCAUCACGGUCAGCAUCCUCGGGGAAUGGAAAAUCCCCGCCUGUGGCCAAGACCGUUGGAUGCUGAUGCUGAUCGCCGUCCUGGGCAUCGCGGGCCAGACCUUCCUGACCAAAGCCCUGCAGGUGGAGAAGGCCGGCCCCGUGGCCCUGACGAGGACCGUGGACGUGGUGCUCGCCUUCUUCUUCCAGUUCAUUUUCUUGGGCCGUGCGCCCAGCUGGUGGAGCCUCGGGGGGGCGCUGUGCAUCGUGUUGAGCACCAGCGGCGUUGCCUUGAGAAAGUGGUACAGCAACUCACGCAAGAGCUGAAAGCAGAUAGUUAGGUAUCAUCGCUAUUUAUUGAUACUGUUUUCACGCCCUACUGUUUUUGAUUUUUUUUCUGUACUUUAUUUGUUAUGAACAUGCAAAGCUGCAAGGAGGUUUACAGUGGCGCCUCCAAAGUCGAGUCCAACCGUAACACUCUGGAGUAACACAAAAUUCAAACCAUCAAGUGUGAUUUUUUUUUUUUUUUUUUUUUUAACACACUGAUGCGCCGUUACCAUUUUAUCCGGAGCGAGUACAAGUGCUUACAUUUGAGUGUUUGCCAGUACCGAUACUUGAUAAUGGCAUUACGUCUUGCGAUUGUGAUGAAUGCCUAAUGAUUUUGAAAAGACGACUGUGGAAUCCAAACAGCGCGCUGACCAGAUUGUGUUUGACUUUGGGAGUUCCACUGGACCUUGUUUUUGCAAAUGAGUAACACAAAGGUAGUUGAGCUUUAGUUAAACAUUUUCUUGACAUUUCUAAUGAAGCUGAAUGAUUUUACUCUUGUGCACUAGUGAGGAAGACAGCCACUGCUAAACCUGCAUUACACUUCUUAGUUUAUCUCUGUUCUUAUGUGCAAUACAAAAAUGUGAAAGUGUGAACAUCACCGCAAUAAAACGGCUCGAUUCAGGACGAUCUUAGCUUGUCGUCCUCUGCCCCCUAUUUUUUUUAGUUGAGUCUAAAUGAAGUAAGCAAAGCCAGCAUUAUGACAAUUGGCACUGUGACAAAAAAAGAAAACCUCAUAGGAUCAUGAUAAAACACGUCUUAAAAGACUCAUGAUGCUGAGAGAUCACUCAUGGAUAAUAAACCCAGCAUGUUGAUGCACCAGCAAUUUUAGCACUGAAACGAGGGAUGGGCAUUUCAGGUCGGCAUGGACUUUGGAGUCGUUAUUUUAAACAACAAAAAGUCACGCAUUCCAUUCUGUUUCAAUCACUUCAAGAUGCCAUUGAAAACAAUACACAAUCAAAAUUAACAAUGACGGGUAAUUAUUAUGCCCAUCCCAACCUUAAACAUCAUGAAGUCCCCCCCCCCCCCUUUUUGUUUGUUUUGUUUGUUACAUUACUUGGUGGUUUAAGUGAAGUAGGAUUCUCUCAGGGAUCACGUUAGUUAUUUAAUGGAAUAAUUUAUUUCAUCACGUCUGUUUCCUCUACAAAACGAUGCUUAAAUGUAAAUAAUUUAAAUGUGCCUUGACUGAACUCACCUUGAGGCAGCUCUCGGGGGUUGGGGAGGGGUUGGGGGUGGGAGUAUUGGGACACAUGGCCAAGA